UUUGUUUGUUGUUUAAUUAAUUGAAAAGUGUGUGUCAAUACGUUCCUAUUUUACUUUUCCAUUUACUUGUAUCAAGUUGCAACGAAAAGAAAAAGAAAGAAAAUAAAAUUGAAGAAAAUUCGGUGAGAAUAUAAAAAAGAAAAUUAUUAUGUAUAACAAACGGGAAAAUAUGCUAAACGAAAAUGCCGACUGGGCCAAUACAGCCUCGGGAACAGUGCAAAUUUGGAAAACACAUGCAACAGUGACAAACGAAAGCAGCAAUUGCAACAACAACAACAUCCCCGCCAAAACAGAAAAGCAAAGCCGAAACACAUCACCAAUGGAAACAUCAGCAACAGCAACAGAAACAAUAACAACAACAACAAUCACAGCCGGUAGAUGCUUUUGCCAACCUCGUCACCUGCUCAUUUUGGCCAUAUUUCUUGUUGUUGCAUGCUUCAGCCAACCAGUGUUGGGUCGCCGUCAUGCUCCACUCAUGUUCGAGGAGUCGGAUACGGGACGACGUUCCAAUAGACCAGCCGUUACGGAAUGUCAAUUUGGUAAAGUUUUACGCGAAUUGGGCUCGACAUGGUAUGCGGAUCUUGGUCCUCCAUUUGGUGUUAUGUAUUGCAUCAAAUGUGAAUGUGUUGCGAUGCCCAAAAAGCGACGAAUUGUUGCCCGUGUACAGUGUCGCAAUAUUAAAAACGAAUGUCCGCCAGCUAAAUGUGAUGAUCCCAUCUCAUUGCCUGGCAAAUGCUGCAAAACAUGUCCUGGCGAUAGGAAUAAUGAUACGGAUGUGGCUUCAGAUGUGCCAGUGCCCAGUGAGGAAGAGGAGCGCAAUAUGAAACAUUACGCUGCGCUGCUAACGGGACGUACAUCAUAUUUCCUUAAGGGUGAGGAAAUGAAAUCCAUGUAUACCACCUACAAUCCACAGAAUGUGGUGGCCACCGCACGCUUUUUGUUCCAUAAGAAAAACUUGUAUUACUCAUUCUACACCUCAUCGAAAGUGGGUCGUCCGCGGGCCAUACAGUUUGUGGACGAUGGCGGUGUUAUAUUGGAGGAGCAUCAAUUGGAAACCACAUUAACGGGCACUCUGAGUGUCUAUCAGAAUGCUACGGGUAAAAUUUGUGGUGUCUGGCGACGUGUACCACGAGAUUAUAAACGCAUUUUACGUGACGAUCGACUCCAUGUGGUCCUCUUGUGGGGCAAUAAGCAUCAAUCCGAAUUGGCAUUGGCCGGUAAAAUAGCCAAAUAUACGGCAUUGCAAUCGGAAUUGUUUAGCUCACUGUUGGAACCAUCGAAUAUCCAGGAUCCUCAAUUGGCCGGAGCUGGUGGCACUGCCAUUGUGUCGACAAGCAGUGGAGUAGCCUCGUCCAUGCAUCUAACCCUGAUAUUCAAUGGUGUCUUUGGCUCUGAGGAAUUCGCCGAUGCCGCUCUCAGUGUACGCAUUGAGUUGCCCGAACGCAAGGAGAUGAUAUUCGAUGAAGUUCCGCGUGUACGCAAACCAUCUGCUGAGAUUAAUGUCCUCGAAUUGUCAUCACCCAUAUCCAUACAGAAUUUACGGCUCAUGUCACGUGGCAAAUUGCUGUUAAUUGUCGAAUCAAAGAAAUAUCCACAAUUGCGCAUUCAAGGACAUAUUGUGACUAGAGCUAGCUGUGAGAUUUUCCAAACUCUAUUGGCCCCCCAUGCCUCGGGAAGUGGCAGCACGGAGACAACUGCCUUGGCAAGCAAUAGUCGCAGCAGCGGCCUGGCCUGGGUCUAUCUGAAUACGGAUGGCUCGUUGGCCUAUAACAUUGAAACGGAUCAUGUCAAUACCAAGGAUAGACCAAAUAUCAGUCUAAUUGAGGAGGGCAAACGUAAAGCCAAAUUGGAGGAUCUUACGCCAAGUUUUAAUUUCAAUCAGGCCAUCGGUAGUGUAGAGAAACUCGGUCCCAAAGUCUUGGAAUCCCUCUAUGACGGUGAACUGGUUGUGAAUGUGGCCACCGAGCAUGAUACUAGCCUGAUUCGGGGUCGCCUAGUGCCACGUCCUGUGGCCGAUGCUCGUGACUCGGCGGAGCCCAUAUUGCUUAAGAGACCCGAGCAUUCGCCAAGUGUGGGAGGAGAACACUCCAUGGGCAUGGCCUGGAUGUCCAUCGACAAUGAAUGCAAUCUGCACUACGAACUGACAUUGAGUGGCCUGCCAUCGCAGGAUAUGCAAUUGUAUUUGGAGGAGAAACCAAUUGAGGCAAUUGGAGCACCGGUUACACGUAAAUUGCUUGAGGAAUUCAAUAGUUCGUAUAUGGAGGGUUUUGGUCUCGGUAUGCCAUCGGCGGAGCUGAUCAAAUUGGAGACAAGUGUCUGCUAUUUGGAGCUGCAAUCGAAACAUUCAAAGCAAUUGCUAUUGCGUGGCAAACUGAAGAGCACCAAAGUUCCGGCACACUGCUUCCCCAUCUAUACGGACAAUAAUGUUCCAGUGCCAGGCGAUCAGAAUGAUAAUCAUUUGAUUAAUACGGAAACCAAAUGCUUCCAUUCGGGACGCUUCUACAAUGAGUCGGAACAGUGGCGCAGUGCCCAGGAUACGUGUCAGAUGUGCGCAUGUCUGCGGGGUCAGGCCAAUUGUGAGAUUAUCAAGUGUCCGGCACUUAAGUGCAAAUCACCCAACGAACAAUUGAUUCAACGUGAAGGUGAAUGCUGUCCCAGUUGUAUGCCCAAGCGGGAGCCAACUGCCCUCGCUUCCGAGAGUGGUCGUGGCUGUCGUCUGGGUGAUCAAUUCCAUCCGGCUGGCGCCAGUUGGCAUCCGUUUUUGCCGCCCAAUGGCUUUGAUACAUGCACCACCUGUAGUUGUGACCCAUUGACCCUUGAAGUGCGUUGUCCUCGCAUGGUUUGCCCACCACUGCAAUGCAGCGAGAAAUUGGCCUAUCGUCCUGAUAAAAAGGCAUGCUGCAAAGUCUGUCCCGAGGGCAAACAGAGUAGCUCGAAUAGUGACAAGUCGAUGCCAAAUAAUCCAAAUGUGCUGCACGAUCAGGCCAUGCCAAGGACACCAGGACAUACUGCCGAAGAGAUACUAGCAGCCGGUGGUUGCAAGGUGGUCAAUAAGAUCUAUGAGAAUGGACGUGAAUGGCAUCCCAUACUGAUGUCGCAUGGCGAACAAAAGUGCAUCAAAUGUCGUUGCAAGGACUCCAAAGUGAAUUGCGAUCGCAAACGCUGCUCACGUUCCACUUGCCAGCAGACGCGUGUCUCGAGCAAGCGGCGUCCCUUCGAGAAACCAGGCAACGGUAAUGAUGGAUCAGGAGCGCCCAUUGAUGAAUGCUGCUCGACGCAAUGCCGACGUUCGCGUCGUCAUCACAAGCGUCAGCCGCAUCAUCAGCAGCAGCAACAGCAACAGCAACAACAACAACGGUUAACAUCGAGCAGCAGCAGCAGCAGUUGAGCGAGCAGAGUCAGCGAGGCUUCCAACGGGACUUUUUUGGCCACGAGCCGCUCUAUGCAAGCACACACACACACACACACAUACUUAUCUAUACACACACACACAUCAUGCAUAUGCUAGCUUAUAGCAAAUGUAAACUUGUAUUAUAUAUCAACAACAACAACAACAACAAAAUGGAAAAUUUACAACAACAAGCAUACACAGUGAACGAGUUGCCGAGAGAGAGAGAGAGAGAGAGAGAAAGAAAGUGAGCGAGAGGGUUAUGGAGUUAAAAUGACCCACAGUGAGAAAGAGAGAUAUAGUGAGAGGGAGAGAGAAAAACCAGUGCAGUUGCGUUAAAUUCUCCAGCUUAGAAUUUAUCUAGUAAGCAUUUUCUGAAUUUCUUUUUUUAAAAAAAAAUGAAAUUGUUUUAUUCUUUUUUGUGUUUUUUUUAUUGCAAGAAUUCGAAAACCCAAAACU